UUAUGAAGCAUCAUGUAAUUGACACUUCCUGCUUCUUUUUUUGCCACUGUCAACAAACCGAAAUACAUGUUCUAUGCGAGAUUUUGUCAAUUUAUUUGGAUGUAGUUAGUUUAUACAAUUCAUAGUAACAAUGAUUCCUUACUCUGUCAACGUUAAACUCGCGGCGCGGACAUUGACUGGCACGCUCAAUUUGCAGAACAAAACUGCUGUUGACUGGGGUUGGCAGGGGCUGAUAGCCCAGGGAUGUCACUCCAGCAUCCUCAUCAUCGAUCCAAAGACUUCCCAGACCAUCCAGGUUCUGGAGAGGCACAAAGCCAAUGUGGUCAAGGUGAAAUGGUCCAGGGAGAACUACCACCACAGCCUGAGCUCGCCCUACUCUCUGAGGCUGGCCUCUGCCGAUGCAGCAGGGAAGAUUAUCGUGUGGGAUGUGGUGAGUGGCACGGCCCACUGUGAGAUCCAGGAGCACUCCAAACCUAUCCAGGAUAUGGACUGGUUGUGGACUCAGGACGCUUCACGUGAUCUUCUCCUGGCCAUCCAUCCACCCAACUACAUAGUCCUGUGGAACGGAGACACAGGGACCAAGCUGUGGAAGAAGAGUUAUGCCGAGAACAUCCUCUCCUUCUCUUUUGACCCGUUCGAUCCAUCCAACCUGGCAUUGCUGACCAGCGAAGGCAUUGUCUUCAUCUCCGACUUCUCUCACUCCAAACCCCCGGGCAGCGGGGGCAAGAAGGUCUACAUCGCCAGCCCCCAUGCCAGCCCUGCACACACUAAGCCUGUGCCUGCUGCCCUCCCUGCCCCCACCGGUGCCAAGAAGGCCCUGAACAAGGUCAAAGUGCUCAUCACCAACGAGAAGCCCACAGCGGAGGCUGUGACGCUGAAUGCAGACUGCCUGCAGCUGUCCUACCUGCCGUCCAAGAGGAACCACAUGCUGCUGCUCUACCCCAGAGAGAUCCUCAUCCUGGACCUUGAGCUCAGCCAGACCGUGGGUGUGGUGGGCAUUGAACGCUCCGGGGUGCCCUUUUUUCAGGUGAUCCCCUGUGCCCAAAGAGACGCCCUCUUCUGUCUCCACGAGAACGGCUGCAUCACUCUGAGGGUGUGUCGCUGCACCACCGCACCCGACGAAUCAGUAGCAGCGUCAGAUCCAGAGCAGAGUGUCCAGGAGCUGGUGUAUGACCUGCGUUCCCAGUGUGAUGCCAUCAGGGUUACCAAGACCGUGCGACCUUACCGCAUGGUCAUCUGUCCAGUCAAUGAGAACAACGCCGCCCUGACGGUCAGCGACGGCCGUGUCAUGCUGUGGGAGCUCAAAGCCCAUGUGUCCAAGCCCACGGUCAACCCCAGCUCGGGCUUGUCCCCCCUCUACACUCCUGUGGCAUUCUGUGGUUCACCACUGGGUCAGAACCAGAAGAAGAUUCAGAACCUGUCUCUUAACACCAUGAUCGGUCAGAGUUUGGUUUCGGGAGCGGACCCACCGCCCCCCUCACCGCAGCAGGAGGUACAGCUGAAGUUCCUGUUGACAGGGCUACUGUCGGGGCUUCCCCUGCCCCCCUUCGCCCUGAGGAUGUGCCCCCCACUGACCACCAAGAACAUCAACCACUACCAGCCCCUACUGGCUGUGGGUACCAGUAAUGGGUCAGUUCUGGUCUAUAACCUCACAAGUGGUCUUCUGCACAAGGACCUGAGUGUCCACUCCUGUGAAGUCAAAGGCAUAGAAUGGGUCAGUCUCACCAGCUUCCUGUCCUUUGCCACUUCAACCCCCAACAACGCUGGACUGGUGAGGAAUGAGCUGCAGCACGUCGACCUUCCCACUGGCAGGUGCUUUGCAUUCCGAGGCGAGCAGGGGAACGACGAGCCUGCCAUUGAGAUGAUGAAAGUGUCUCAUCUGAAGCAGUACCUGGUUGUGGUGUUCAGAGACAAGCCUCUGGAGCUGUGGGACGUCAGGACCGGCACCCUGCUACGAGAGAUGGCCAAGAACUUCCCCACUGUCACUGCACUGGAGUGGUCCCCCUCCCACAACCUGAAGAGUCUGAAGAAGAAGCAGAUGUUAGCACGGGAGGCCAUGGCCAGACAGACCACUCUGUCUGACACCGAGCAGAGCAGCGUGGAGUACAACGUUAUCAGUCUUCUGCAGGAUGCAGAGAGUAAAUCGGAGGGAGGAGGCCAGGCCAUUUCAGCGAGGGAACACUUUGUGUUCACAGACACAGACGGACAGGUGUACCACAUCACUGUCGAGGGGAAUACCGUCAAAGACGGUGCCCGCAUCCCCCCAGACGGCAGUAUGGGUAGCAUUGCGUGCAUCGCCUGGAAGGGAGACACUCUGGUUCUCGGUGAUGUGGACGGGAACCUCAACUUCUGGGACCUCAAGGCCCGUCUCUCCAGGGGAAUCCCUACUCACCGUGGUUGGGUGAAGAAGAUCCGUUUUGCCCCUGGGAAAGGGAACCAGAAGCUACUGGUCAUGUACACAGAUGGGGCAGAAGUCUGGGACACCAAAGAGGUGAGCAUGGUGAGCAGCCUGCGGAUUGGUCGGAACGUGAACUACCGUAUCCUGGACAUUGACUGGUGCACCUCGGACAAGGUGGUGUUAGCCUCUGACGACGGCUGCAUCCGUGUGCUGGAGAUGGCCAUGAAGUCUGCCAGCUACAGGAUGGAUGAACAGGACCUGACUGAUCCUGUGUGGUGUCCGUACCUGCUGCUCCCCCGUGCUGCCCUCACCCUGAAGGCCUUCCUCCUGCUGCAGCCCUGGUCUGGCACCUUCACCAUGGACAUCACACAAGUGGAUUACAUUGAAAAAUAUGAGAUUAAGGGCCUGAUCCAGGAACAGCUCAACUCCAUGUCCAAUGACAUGAAGAGCGUCCUGCUUGAUCCCGAGCUCAACCUGCUGCAACGCUGCCUCCUUGUGUCUCGGCUGUUUGGGGACGAGUCGGACCUGCAGUUCUGGACGGUGGCGGCCCACUAUCUCCAGUCAUUCGCCCAGGCCCGCCACCUCAGUGUGCCCGUCCCCGAGGGCCAGACCCCAGCCGAGGGGACUCAGGCCACCCCACAGGGCCACCUGGACAUCUACCACGACACCCUGUGUGAGAGCUUCUACUUCCAGAGGUUCCAGUUGGAGCGAGUCCAUCUACAGGAGGUGAAGAGGUCCAGUUAUGACCACACCAAGAAGUGUGCUGACCAGCUCCUCCUGCUGGGACAGACGGACCGAGCGGUGCAGUUGCUGUUGGAGACUAGUGCUGACAACCCCAGUUACUACUGUGACUCGCUGAAGGCGUGUCUGGUGACCACCAUUACCUCCUCAGGGCCCUCCCAGAGCACCAUCAAACUAGUGGCCACCAACAUGAUCGCCAACGGCAAGCUGGCAGAGGGGGUGCAACUGCUGUGUUUGAUUGACAAGGCUGCGGACGCAUGCCGAUACCUGCAGACUUAUGGGGAGUGGAACCGUGCUGCCUGGCUGGCUAAGGUGCGUCUGAACCCGGCAGAGAGCUCAGACGUGCUAAAGCGUUGGGCAGAGCACCUCUGCUCCCCCCAGGUCAACCAGAAGUCUAAGGCCAUCCUAGUGCUGCUCUCCCUGGGCUGCUUCCAUAAAGUAGGAGAGAUGCUCCAAAGCAUGAGGUACUUUGACCGCGCGGCGCUCUUCAUUGAAGCCUGUCUGAAGUACGGGGUGAUGGAGGCCAACGAUUCCACCAAUAAGCUGAUCGGGGCUGCGUUCGUGGACUACGCCCGACUGCUGCGCAACCUGGGCCUGAGGGAGAGCGCCGCGUUCUGGGCAUCGCGGGCAGGGGGCGCCGGAGAGCAGCUGCUGGAGGAACUCUUCCAGGGAGAGGAGGCAGUGCCAGAGGCUGUACCCGGGGAGGAGGAAACGGAGGGCCUGGAGAACACCGAGUGACCCCAGGGUGUGGAGGAGAGGAGAACGGAGGAGUUGCCCAUAAACACAGAUCUACGAUCAGCUAACUCUCACCCCCUCCUAAUCGUAGCCAUUACAGGUGAAAAAUGCAAAACUGAUCUUGGAUCAGUGUUCUAGGGGCAAUUUAGGGGGAGAGGAGAGGAGGGGAAGUGUCUGUCACUGGAGUGUACCAUGUCUGUGAAUGUGUUAGUGUGUGUUCUGAUUCAUCACGUGAUCAGUGUGCAUGUUGAUUUCUCCCCCCAGUGGCAGGCCAAAUGGAACCACACACACUCGCACAGCUAAUGCAUCAAUUUAUGGUUAUUAAGAACAGAUUAAGAGAUUAUAAUCAGUUUUUGUUGAUUCAUUUGAGGUUUUUAAUGGUCUGUUAGCUUUAUUUUGUGUGUUUCUUAAUAAUCUGACUUCUGUGAAAGAUUCUAUCAAUGUUUGCUGACUGUCGAUGUACUGUUUUUACCGUUUAAAGCAGUUAAAAGUGGCACAACCUUUUAUCCUUCAACAUUCUGUAUUAUGCACACCCUUUUAUUUAAUGCUGGUGUCAGUGCUAGCUCACAAAAAUGUGACUGAAUUACAUUCCAAAUUAAUGUUUAAAUGUUAGAAUGUUUUAUUUAAACAAAUGUUUCUUUGAAUGACAUUAAGGUCCAGUAUUUGUCCAUUCCCUGUAGCUCAGACAUGAAGCAAACUAAUGUCCCCGACAACCCACACAGUGUAUCUGACCUGGGUUCAAAUACUAUUUGAAAUCUUUCAAAUACUUUCUGUGUUUGUUUUAGUAGUAUUUGAGCCCCGGUCUUCCGUGUAGUGACUGAGAGUAGGUGGUAUAGAGCAGCACUAUUAAGACUGACCGAAGCCUGUCAUAGUUAGCACAGGGGACUGCAUUCAUCAACCUGUCCCCGCAUUACAGAUGAGACACUGAAGAGGCUCUUCCUCUAGUCUAGUUAGCCAGGCUAGUUUUCGCUAACAUACACAGUAUAUUAUACCCCUACACAGAAGAGAGGAUUUGACCACUGUUAGCUAUAAGGGCUUCAUGGUGAAUAUAUAAAAUGUGUGCAUGAAUUUUUCAACGGUUGGAUUGCAGAUUGAUCUCCAGCUUUUUCCUAUGAGGACAUAAGAUGUCAGUUUUGUUGUGUGUUUUCUGAUGUGUAAAGUAUGACUGUCUCAUAAAAUAUCUGAAAAUAUCAUGUUUAACAAAUAAUUCUAGUGGACCAGAAAAUACAGAAUCAGCAUGAAGUUGACUGCUGAUCUGUCAAGUCCUCCCACAUCAGGAGCAUGGCAUUGGCUGGUACCAGGCUCAGGACCAAAAUGAGCCAAUCAGCAAGUACUUCCUGUAGCCUACUGUAGGGUUGCACUCUAAAGGAUCCACAAACUGCAUUACACAAUCUGUAUCUUAAGUAUCAAUAGGCUAACCCAGUCUAACCACUGACUCACACCCACAUACCAAAAACUGUAUAGCUCUUAAACCACUCACCAAAAACUACAAAUCCCAUGUCAACUCUUCCGUAUAGGCGGUUAGGAGAGAGGCUAAAAGAUUAUGUUUUCCCCCCUUGCCUCGGCUGUCUUGUUAAACGUCAAAACUAUUAAAUAAAUUUAAUUAUUUAAAAAUAUAUAUAAUACAAAAAUAUAUAUGUGAAUGAUGUACAUGAACAGUAAUUCUGUGUUUAGUAGCACUUGUAUUAUGUUUUCUUGUUCAGAAGCGAUAUUGUAACUAAAUCCAUGGGAACUCUGUGUGUCAUUCUGUUGCCGAAACACGUUAGUGCUGUUCUAGUCUGGGAUGACAUUGACCACCCCAGGCAAUGUCACUAUGGUAACCCAGGCCUAUUUUGGGGAUUACACAGGUUAAGUUCCCACAUAUCCAUGUAAUGUAGUUUCAGUGUGUUUGGAGUUUUAGUUUCCAUUAUGCCUGAAAUGGACUAGAGUCUAAACCAGGGUUCUUCAAUUCCGGUCCUGGAGGGCCGAAACACCUCUGUUUUUCAUCCUCUCCUUCUAAUCAGGUG